AUGCUUAUACAGCUGACUCACUCACUCCUCUCUCUAUUUAUUCCCUUGUUGGAUCUGCUUUCUCCUUAUAUUCCCUUCCUCAGAAUUAUAUUCACACCACCCUACUUCAAUCUCAAAUUGGAACAAACAUAUAGAUUGAUACUUCAAGCUCUCGUCAUCGUUGUUGCAGCUUCUUCAGUCGGUCUGACAUCAGCUCGAGGAUGGUACCAUAGACAUGUUGGAGGAGGAGGAGCUGGUCCUUGGAUCAACGCUCACGCCACUUUCUACGGCGGCGGCGAUGCUUCCGGCACAAUGGGUACGGGGAGCGUGUGGGUACGGGAACUUGUACAGCCAAGGUUACGGGGUGAACACGGCGGCUCUAAGCACGGCGCUGUUCGACAACGGGCUGAGCUGCGGGGCUUGCUACCAGAUCAUGUGCGCCAACGACCCGCAGUGGUGCCUCCCUGGCUCCAUCGUCGUCACCGCCACCAACUUCUGCCCGCCGGGAGGAUGGUGCGACCCUCCCAACCACCACUUCGAUCUCUCCCAGCCCAUCUUCCAGCACAUCGCCCAGUACCGCGCCGGCGUCGUCCCUGUCAUGUACAGGAGAGGGUGAGGUGCAGGAGAAGAGGCGGGAUAAGGUUCACGGUCAACGGCCACUCCUACUUCAACCUGGUCCUCGUCACCAACGUCGGAGGCGCCGGCGACGUCCAUUCCGUCGCCAUCAAGGGCUCCAGAACAGGGUGGCAGCAGAUGUCCAGAAACUGGGGACAGAAUUGGCAGAGCAAUUCCUACCUCAACGGGCAAAGCCUCUCGUUCCUCGUUACCACGAGCGACGGUCGAGCUCUGGCGUCGUACAACGUUGCUCCUCCCAGUUGGUCCUUUGGCCAGACAUAUACCGGCCGACAGUUUAGGUAUUAAUUAAUCACCGUUGUUCGAGUGGUUAUACCAUAAAACAAUAUUACAAUAUAGUAUUUGGGAUAUCAUUAUCGUGAUGGAAACUCGCUCACAUGCUCGACAUUAAUUUGGUAGUUACGAGUUAUGAUUCAGAAGUAAAAGGAGUGGGGAUAAUUGAUCGAUGUAUUAGGCCUAGGAGACAGACUGAAAGCGAUUAAUUAGUUAAUGACGUUGUUGUUGGUCUCUAGGUUUUUUUUCAUGAGGGUGACAUGUGGUGGAGAAUUGAACUCUGGUUCUCCAAGUUUGGGCAAUGUAUGAUUAUGUAUUCUACACAAAGUUCCAUAAUAUUGGAACGGUAAAAAGAAAGAAGGG